AUGUUAGCACGCAUCGUAAAACCAAGUGCAACAGCUGUUGUGAAACGUGCUCUUACUGCAAAUAAUGUUCGUAUGAUUGAUUCUCGUCGAUUUAAGAGUCAUGGCGGUGAAGUACAACAUGGUCAUCAUGGCGAAGUUGAACAUCAUGGUCAUCAUGAUAAUUACCAAACAAUGUACGAACGUUUAUGGCAACACAAAGCAACGCUCGAUUGGUUACCAAAGCCAGAAGGCAAUUGGGAAGAAAUCAAUGGGAAAACGCAAGCCUAUUAUAACAAAGUACUCGGCGGUGGCAUUAUUGCUUUCACUUUAGCAGUAAUUUAUUUCCGAGUCAUCGUAAUAGGUGACUCUGGUGCAUUAACAAGUCCACCAUAUCAUCUUAUUGGAAAGGAAGACUUUCCUGGUUCAAAAUAUCAAGAUGCAGUUGGAGAAACCAAAAAAUAA